UCUGUCUGUUCCUUUCCCUGGCGGGGGUGCGGGACCGUGGGGACCCCGGAGGCGGGGGGUCUGUCGGUCCCUCCCCGGGGCGGUCCCUGCGCUCAGCUCCCCGCUCGCUGUCACAUUCCUGCCGCCUGAGUCAGGCCCGGGGCGGCGGCGGCACCAGGAAGCGCCGGGCCCGGGCCAUGUAACCGAGCCGAGCCGAGCCGAGCAGAUCCCGGCCGGCGCGGCCAUGGGGGACGGGGCAGAGGAGGAGAUGGUGGAGCUGCCGCUCACGGACGCAAACCUGACUGGCCAUGAAGAGAAAGUUGGCAUGGAGAACUUUGAACUGCUCAAGGUGCUGGGAACUGGAGGUGAAAAAGUGUUCCUGGUGCGCAAGAUGACAGGCCACGACGUGGGGAAGCUGUAUGCCAUGAAAGUGCUGCGCAAGGCGGCCAUUGUGCAGAAGGCCAAGACCACGGAGCAUACACGCACUGAGCGGGCUGUGCUGGAGCACGUGCGGGCAUCGCCCUUCCUAGUGACCCUGCACUAUGCCUUCCAGACUGGCUCCAAGCUGCACCUCAUCCUGGACUAUGUGAGUGGGGGGGAGCUCUUCACCCAUCUGUACCAGCGCCAUUUCACGGAGGAGGAGGUGCGGAUCUAUGCCGGGGAGAUCGUGCUGGCACUGGAGCAUCUGCACAAGCUGGGCAUCAUCUACCGGGAUGUGAAGCUGGAGAACAUCCUGCUGGACAGCGAAGGGCACGUGGUGCUCACUGACUUCGGCCUCAGCAAGGAGUUCCUCACCGAGGAGAAAGAUCGCACCUUCUCCUUCUGCGGCACCAUCGAGUACAUGGCCCCCGAGAUCAUCCGCAGCAAGUCAGGGCAUGGCAAGUCUGUCGACUGGUGGAGCCUGGGGAUCCUGAUGUUUGAGCUGCUGACGGGGGCCUCGCCCUUUACACUGGAGGGGGAGAAGAACACGCAGGCCGAGGUGUCCAGACGCAUCCUCAAGUGCCAGCCCCCGUUCCCAACUGUCAUCGGCCCCGUGGCACGCGACCUGCUGCAGAAGCUGCUGUGCAAGGACCCCAAGAAACGCCUGGGCUCGGGGCCCAAUGGGGCCCAGGACAUCAAGGAGCACCCCUUCUUCAAGGGCCUGGACUGGGUGGAAUUGGCUGCGCGGCGGGUGAAGGCUCCGUUCAAACCCAUCGUCCGCAGCGAGCUGGACGUGCGCAAUUUUGCCGAGGAGUACCGCCUGGAGCCUGUGUACGCGCCCGCCGGGACCCCGCCCAACCUGGGCGUCUUCCAGGGCUACUCCUUCAUCGCUCCCUCCAUCCUGUUCAACCACAAUGCCAUCACCACGGAUGUGCUGGAGCUGGCACUGGGGGAGCGCCCGGGCAGUGCUGCCGUGGCCAGCGCCAUGAUGAAGGACUCUCAGUUCUUCCAGCUCUAUGACCUGGACCUGAAGGAGGCAGCGCUGGGGGGCAGCUUCUCGGUGUGUCGCCGAUGCCAGCAGCGCCAGGGUGGCACUGAGUUCGCCGUCAAGAUCAUCAGCAAGAGGAUGGAGGUGAACACCCAGAGGGAGGUGAUGGCUUUGCAGCUGUGUGAGUCUCACCCCAACAUCGUCAAACUACACGAGGUUCAUCAUGACCAGUAUCACACGUACCUGGUGAUGGAGCUGCCGGGGGGUGAGCUCCUUGACCGCAUCAAGAAGAAGCAGCAUUUCAGCGAGUCUGAGGCCAGUCAGAUCAUGCGCAGCCUGGUGUCAGCUGUCAGCUUCAUGCAUGACGUCGGCGUGGUGCGGGACCUCAAACCUGAGAACAUCCUGUAUGCUGAUGAGUCAGAGGGUGCCCCAGUGAAGGUGAUUGACUUCGGCUUUGCCCGCCUGCGCCCCUCGGGCUCACAGCCCAUGCAGACGCCUUGCUUCACGCUGCAAUAUGCCGCUCCCGAACUCUUCACUGAUGAGGGCUAUGAUGAGUCCUGCGACCUCUGGAGCCUUGGUGUCAUCCUGUACACCAUGCUGUCCGGACAGGUGCCUUUCCAGAGCAGCCAGGAGGGCGGCGCGUUAACCCAUGCGGCUGAGAUCAUGCACAAGAUCAAGGAGGGACAGUUCUCACGAGGUGAGGCCUGGAGGGGGGUCUCGGAGGAGGCCAAAGAGCUGGUCAGAGGAGGAGUGUGGCAUGAAAUAAAGGGGCUGCUGACUGUGGACCCUUCCAAGCGGCUGAAAAUGUCGACACUGCGCUACAGUGAGUGGCUGCAGGACGGCAGUGCCCCCUCCACCCCGCUCAUGACCCAUCUGGAGUCCUCAGGGCCCGCCGUGCGCUCAGGGGUCAACGCUGCCUUCAUGGCCUUCAACAAGGGCAAGCGUGAGGGCUUCUUCCUGAAGAGUGUGGAGAACGCCCCCCUAGCCAAGCGCCGCAAGCUCAAGAUGUCGAGCACAGGGGCCGAGGCCCGGCGCAGCUCCUCGUCAUCCUCCUCUGGCUCCUCCUCAGCACUCCCCACCCGGCCCCUGCGCCCCAAACCACCUGGCCGCCGCCACAACCCCCCCUCGUAGCGCCUGUGGAGUGGGGGGGCUAUUUAUGUCUCUGUUGCUUGUGGGGGAGAAUGUGGGCGGGUAUCUCAUUUGGGGUUUUUUAGGGGGGAUGAGCCUCUUUUGGAGGCAUUCUGCCCCCCCCCCAUGUGCACACGUUUUUUUCGUUCAUCUUGUUUUUGUUUUUUUCAUUUUGAUUUAAACCUGAAGGUUGCCCUGUGUAUGUCUGGGGGUUAUAGGGGGUUGUCUCAGUGUGACAGAAAUGUGAAGUCCCCCAGGAACUAAAAUGGGGAUAGUCUUUGGAUGCCGACAGUUCAGGGUUGCCCCACUCCAUGGAAGUCUGUACCCACUGUUGCAGAAGAAGGGGAAGCUGUUCCCUACGGGGGAGGGAUCCUAUGAGUACUGCCACCGCCACCCCUUAAGAUCUGAGGGCAGGUCCCUUCAGCCAGGCUUUGGGGCUGGAAUGAGAAGUGAAGGUCAGACCGGUAGGGUCGCCUUAGCUCAGCCAAAGAGAGGGUGGGGGUGCUGGAUUAUAUUUUAUUUUAUUUUUUGGGGGGGCAGGUGGCAUAGGGCACCAUCUCCUCUCAGGGCUGCAUGCUGGGGGAGACCCCAGAACAGGGGGCUAGACCCAGGUGAUGUCUCAACCAAUAUCUCCCCCAUCUCCCAGAGCCAUUAUUAAUUUCAUACCCUGCUGUGGGGGAAUGGGGCAGGACCCCCAAUGAGCAAUGGAGCAGAUGGGAAGGAGAUGAACAGUACCCCAUGUUUAGUCCCUGCAAUGUGGGGGCUAGAAUUGCACCCACUGGAUAAGAUUGAAGUGAGGGGAAAGGGAAAAGGGAAGAGUUUUUUUACUGAGACAGAAAUUUCUAUCUAUUUUUAAACUAAGAAUGUUGGGGGUGGGUGCGUGGGGUGGUCUCACAGUACGGCCCCCGCCCCUUCCCCAGCUGGGAGUGAGGCUAAAGAAAGCCACCACCCAAGCAAAUUAAACCCUAGACCAUCCCUUCAGAGCAAGCUGGGUGAAGGAGAAGCAUGGGCAUAAAAGUUUACGGAGAGGGGCUCGUUUAGACUUGGGGGUGGGGUGGGGGCCUGAAUCAGUCACUUUAAGGGGUGUUUGUGCAAUUGGCUCCUCCAAAGAUUGUGGGGGGUGGGGGAAAGGAGGACAGGUCCAUGGGGGUGAGGAGUCAGAGGCAAGAAUGGGGAAGAGGGGCUUGGUUUCAUCCCACUUCCAGGGUGCUGCCAUCCUUUGUGUUCCUCUCUCCCCCCACCCCCCUUUUAGGUGUGCGGGAAGGGCUGGCUAGUGUCUGUUCCCGCAGCUGCCCUCCCCCCGUGGGGGUUGGGUAGGACCUGGGGCUCUCUGAGCACCCCCACCCCCACGGUUGGGAGCAACUAAGAGUCGGGGGCUGAGGAUUUCGGGACUUAAGAGUUGCCCGCCUCGUGCAGCUGCACUUAGACGCGAGGGGCGGGGCCUGAGAGUAUGACGUGGGGGGCAGCUCCUGUAGCCCCGCCCAGGGAGCCGUCUCUCAUCCGUCUGAGCGAACCGCCUGUAUUUUGUAUUUGAGAAUAAAACUCCUCUGACGCCACCGAGCCUCUGCGGGUCCCGGAGCUCUACUCCUUGGGCUGCCGCUGGGCAUGACGGGACAUAGCGCCCAUCUCAAGCCCCCUGCAGGCGCCGGAGCGGCCCGCGGCACCUCUCGGACCCGCAGCUGGGCGACGGGAAGCCCCCGCGCCCGGCUACGAACGUAGCCACGUGCCCGCCAGCUCCAAGUUUCUGCGCGCGUCGGCGCCUCCUAUAGUACGUCCGUGGGGCGGAGUCGCUUCUCCUUGGUUCCGACAGUGGCCAAUGAGGUGAGCGAGGUCAGUAUAAAUGCAGCGGGGGGGGGGGCGCUCUGGAGUUGGGCGUGAUUCGGCGGGCCAGCGCUGCUCCUUGCACCCAGGCAUAGGUGUCCUACUCUCCUCAAGCCUUUGAAGAAGACCUGUGCUGGGGGAAAGGAGGAGCGUGCCCGCCCCCUAUCCACAGCCAGCUUACUGGCUACUGCCUUCAUCUGGCAUGGCAGAAUCAACAGUUCCCUAGUGUAGUUACUGCAGGCAGUGUUAGCAGGGCUAGCUGCAGCUGUCCUUUAGGGCAAUGAUUGAUUCUGGAUAGUAGCCUAUUGGGACAUAGCAGGACUUCAACUGUGUAGCCUAACAUUGUCUGCAGUAAUGAAUGUGCCACCAAGCUGGCCUGUGGAUAGUGUAUAUUGAAGCAUCUAUCUAGCCAGUGCAAUGUUGAGAAUGGAAUUAAGGGUACUGGUCUAAGAGGUGUCCAGUCUAGUAUAUAAACAGCCUAUAUCACAAGUCUGAGAAGUUCUUUUCAGUAGUAUCAGUGGGUCUCAACAGUACACUAGCUUCACUUUAAACUAGGCAGUGUUAGCAGGAGUUCAAGCUACACAUUAGAGAAUCACUGGGCUAGAUUCCU